ACUUACAUUUCUUCCAGGGUUUAUUUUCUUUUCCGUUUUGUGUUUUUGAGCUACUUCCUGUUGUUAGAAGGAACUCUGCUAACUUUAUUGGCACAGCGCUGUGGAGCUUUGAACGUUAUUGUGGGACCUGGAUCCUUGUUAGUUUAGUAAUGAGCUGUGAAGAGGAGCGGCGCUCGCCGGGCCUGGAGGCUGUGAUUCAGAAGCUGGAGGAAUCUCUUCUUCACCCCGAGGACAUCUCAGGAGAAAGAAGUCUGACAGUCCAAGUGGAUGAAGGAGAGGCUGGAGGCACAGCAAUACCCAUCUUCACUCGCAUCCGCCAGAUCAUCACGAGCAACCUGGCUGGAGGAGAGGAGGCCCUGGCAGGUGCCAGCUCAGAGAUCUGUGAGAUGGAGGAGAGCAGGACUGUUGGGGAGCAGCCGUCUUCCAGCCAGCUGGACCAGCUGCCAAUCAAAUGCAGUGGUGACAAACAGAGGGUCCAUUUGGAAUCAGCUGAGCGCCAGAAGCGUCUUGAACAGGAUCUUAACAUUGAAAUCCAGAAAAGAUCUUCUCAGCUGCAGGAGGAGCAGAUGAGGUGUGCCAGUCUCAGCCAGGUGAACUCGAUGCUGCGGGAACAACUGGACCAGGCAGGCGCCCUCAACAGAGAGCUGGCUGAGAGUUUGUGGACGGCCCAGGAAGAGCUGGUUCUGUGUGAGACACGCCUGCAGCGAGAACAGAAGACUGCUGUCUCCCGUUCGGACCGCGAGCAGGCUGGUAUCAGAGCUGUGUGGCGCCUCGCUGCCUCCCUGCGGAGCGAGUUCACACAGUUUAGGACUUUCACUGACAGAACUCUGUCCGGAAUGCUUGGCGAGUGUGCUGCUGUGAGCCGGCAUCUCCGAGCUGCGUGUACGGGUCUUGACGCACGGCUCGCUGAAGAACAUGUGUGUAGUCGUGUGACGGCGCUCGAGACGCAGCUCAGGGAAAAGCUGAAGGAGGCCAUGCAGCUGCAGGCUGGCUGGGAUGCACAGAAAGUCCAGCUGAACUCCAGAAUCCAGGAAAUGACUGACGCCGUAAAGCACCUUCAGAGCCAGAGCAGUGAGAAGGAUGCAGGCCUCAGUGGCACGCAGGCUCCAGGGGAUGGAUGGAAGACGAGGGGAGCAGAGGAAGGACUGCUCACAGAGAUCCACAACCUUCACAAGAUUCUGAGCCACAUUCACCAGUUGGUAAGCAGUCAUGGGGACAGUUCUGGUUCCAAAACGGCAUCUGCCUCCCCUCUGUGCACGCUGGAGGCAGUGCAGAAGACCCUCUCCAAGCAUCAGGCAGAGUCACAGGAGCUACACACUCGUUUGGAAGCAGCUCAGGUGCAGGUGGACACGUUAAGGGAUCAGCUGCUAGAAGAAGGUGUGGAGCAGAUGAUCUCCAGAGUACAGAGCGGAGGUCAGGAGGUCAAAGACGACAGCAUGAGUCACUGCUGCGCUCUGGAGCCCAUUUCAAAUCAGGAGAACCUGGAGGAGCUGCUCUCUGGGCUGCGGCGGGAGGUGCGCUCUCAGAGUGUUGAGCUGGAGGCACAGCGCCGCUCGACACUGGACCUCCAGAGACAGCGGGACCUCCUCAGGCAGCAGAGGGAGGAGCUGGAGACACAGCUGGCACAGCAGCGCACAGAAGCCCAAAGAGGGGAGAAGAGUCUGCAGGAGCUCGAUAGGAAGCACUCAGAUCUGCGCAGGGAGCUUUUCCUGAUCAAAGAGGCCUUCAGUCAAAUUACUCUCCAGAAAGAGCUGCUGGAGAACGACAAGGCCGGCCUCUCUGAAGCUCUCACCAAGAUGGAGUCCCAGCUUGCUGCAAAGGACUGUGCUCUGGCCAAACUGCAGAACCAAGAGGCUGAUCUGAAAGACACUGUUGUAAAAAUGGCUGCUCUUAGUGAAGGUCUAGCUAAAGACAAGGUGGCCCUCAGCCGGAUUGUGAUGCAGACGGAGGGGGAGAAAGGAGAGCUGGAUGAACGUAGACGGGAAGCUGUGGCGGAGCGAACCACAGCCAGAGAGCGUGCAGCACGGGCGCAAAAAGAGAUGACAAACCUCCUUGCUGAAAAGCAAGUGUUGGAAAGCUCUCACGGUCACCUGCAAGAUCUCUGCCAGAAGCUGGAAGCAGAGCAGGAUCUCCUGCUGGAGGAGAAAGCUGGGGCCCUGAAGAUGCACUCCCAGGUCAAAAGGCAGAUGCAGGCUCUGCAAGAGGAGCUGGGCUCAUGCAGGAAGGAGCUUGAGGAGAAGACCGCUGCCGUAAAGAGAGUCACCCAAGACAGGGAGGAACAGGCCAAGGACAAGGCUGCCCUGGAAGUCAGGCUCAACUCUGCAGAGCGAAAGGCCUGUGUUCUCACACAGGGGCUGGCUGAUCUGAGAGCAGAGAGGGAGUCCCUGGAAAAGGCUCUGUUUGAGAGCCAGGAGCUGUCUGCCUCCCUGGAGGCUGAGGUCACCAGGCUGGAGGGCAGGAGGAACAGCCUGAUCCUUGCUAACGAGGCCUUGACGCGUGAUGCAGCUCAGAGGCGUGGAGAUGCUGAGCGAGAGCUUGCAGAAGCGGCACAACAAAAAAGUCAACUGGAGGAGAAACUGGCUCAAGUGGCAAGAAAUGCGCUGUUGGUGCUGAGCAACAAGGAGCAGAUUCACCGAGAGCAGAUGGAAACCGAACGCAUGCAAAGGGAGCAGCAAUGUUCAGAGUUGGCGGCUCUGCAGGAUCAGGCUGAGGAGCAGCUGCAUCGACAGUGUGAGGAGCUGCGCAUGAGCAGCCAGAGGGAGCUGCAGCAGGUGCAAGAAGAGCUGGCCCGGACACAGAAAGAGUUCAGCCAAAGUCUUCUGCAGGCUGAGAGUGAGAAGCAGCAGGCUCUGUCUCUGAUGGAGGCGGAAAGAGCUGCCCUCACAGAGAGAAUGGAAUCCCUUCAAAAGGAUGUCACCAGAGCCGACCUGGAGAUCGAACACAUUCGAAGAGAUGCAGUCAGCAAACAGGAACAAGACAAGAGCUCUAUAACUGCUCUUCAGCUUCAGCUGCAGGACCUGCAGACUCAGCUGGAGAGGUCUCUGGACUCCCACCAGCAAGCCCACAAAAGUUUCACAGAGCAGGUCAAAGAGCUGAAUGAGGAGAAAGAGCACGCCCAACAAGAGUUACGGACCCUUCAACUUCGCCUGCAGGAGGCAGAAGAAAGUCUGGCUAAAGGGCAUAGAGAUCUGACUGAGGCUCACAGGGAGAUCGGGGAUUCUGCUCAGGAGCAAAACAAUUUAAGAAAGGAGGCUCUGGACCUGAGACGACACCUGAACGAUGAAACCAGCAUGAGAGAAGCCAUCCGAGCCGCCAACCACCAGCUCCGAGCUCUCAUCAAGAAAGCAGAGCGUGACAAGAGCAGUCUGAAACAGGCUCUGGAACAGCAGGAACAGAAAUGGAUUGUUCUGGAGGAAUGUAAGAACUCAGUGCAACAGGAGGCUGCCACUCUCAGAAGCAGCAUGAGAGAGCUGGAGAAGACCCACCUGCAGUCAUGCAGAGAGCUGCAGGAGCUGCGCAGACAGGUAAAGAUGCUUGAAGGCGAGAACAGCCGUCAGACGGUGGAGCUGCUAAAGGUACAGGCCCGGGUUUGUCAUGAGGAGCAGAAGGAGGAGGAGGCCCGUCAGGAGGCAUUCACGCUGCAGCAGAGAUUACUGGAGUGUGAGGCUGUCAAGGAAGCAGCACUAAAUGAGGUUGCAGGUUUGCAGCGCUGCGUGAGGGAGCUGGAAACAGCCGAGGAGAGGAGCCGACGCCUGCAGCAGGAUCUGCAGCAGACUGAGCAAAGGUACAAGGAAGCUGCUGCUCAGCUGGAGGCCUCCAGGACCCAAAUCGAGGAACUCUCUGUGCUGCUUGGCCUCUGUGAAAACAAGGCCCAGGGCCUGGAGGAGCAGCUGGUUUUAAGUGAUGCCAAAUACAAGGAGGUAGAGCAUCGACUGGCAGAGCUACUUUCAGCUCUGCGUUGCACGAUCAGUGUCAACCAUGGAUCCCGAUCAUGCUCGCCAUCUCCCUGGAAAAGACAACUGCAUGUGAAAGGUGGAGAAAGUGAGGCUGAGGGAUCGUUUCCUUCAUCUUCUGAGGAAGAGCUGAGUGUAAAGAAUGUCAAAAAUGCGCUGCAAGGGUUACUGCAGGAACUCAGGGAUGCACAGAGAGAAAAGGAUGAAACCAAAGCUCAGGUAGUCGUUCUGAGUCAAGAAGUGAAGGAACUGAAAGACUCCCACGAGGUGUUGACCACCCAGCUGCUGCAGCUGCAGAGGUCCGUGAAGCAGUCAGAGAAAGGUCAAGAAGAAAUGGCUGAACAACUGGUGCGGGCACACACUUCCCUGUCCCUGCAGCAGGACCUAGCGGAUCGAUCCGAGAAGGACAAGAGAGCCCUGGAAGCAGAGCUGGCUCAACUCAAAGUGAGGCUGCAAGCUUCUCAGACUGAGUCCCAAUCCCUGCAGGGCAGGUUGGAAGUCUUGCAGGGGUUAGAAUCGUCUGCAAAUGCAGAAGUAAGGAAACACAAGGAGUCUCUGGAGGCAGCAGAGAGCAGAGCCAGCUCUUUGGAGGUCUCCCAGCACACCCUGGAAGGUGAGAUGCAGAGGGCUCAGCUGAGAGCAGCAGAGCUGGAGGCUGAGGCUGCUGCGCUGCAGGAGCGGCUCACAGACACCAGGAGGAAACUGAGCGAGAGCGAAGAUCGCUGUGCCGCGCUGCAGGUCAAUGAGCAGAGGCAGGCCGCCGUACUGGCCCGAGCUGAGCAGCAAGAGAGCCAGCUGAGAGAAAAGACCCACAAGCUUUCAAACAGCCUCAACGACCUGAGCCGCCGCUCUGAAGGACUGCAGGAGCAGAUGACAGAGCUGCAGCGGGCCCUCGUGUCCAGCGAACAGGACAGACGGCUGCUGCAGGAACGACUGGAUAAGACAUGGGAUGCACUUUCAGAGAGUCAAAGGCUGAAACAUGCACUCACAGAGGAGAGGCAGAGCCUUCAAAAAGCACAGGAAGACUCUGAGCUGAAAAUAUCUGAGCUGGAAAACAACAACAGGGUCCUAAAGGAGAGCCUGAAGCAGCAGCAGGAUGCUGAGCUUUGCACAUCCCACCAGCUCCACAAUGAGAAAGACCAACUUAAAGAGAAACUCAGGCUCCUGCAGACCUCGAUGCAAAAGCUUCAACAGGAGAAAGCAGAGAUGGAACCUAUCCUGACUCGCCUCAGUAAAGACAAGUCUGUCUUGAGAAAGACACUAGAGAAGGUGGAGAUGGACAGGCUGAGGAAGCAGGAGGAGGCAGCCUCUGCUGCCAGAGACAGAGCCCAGCUGGAGCAGAGAGUCCACAGCAUGGAGCAGCAGCUGGCUGAGAAGCAGGACGCCCUGCAGACCCUGCAGUCCCAAGUGUCCCACUUGGAGCACUCCCAUGCCCAGCGCUUCCUGGAGGUGACAGCCUAUCAUCACAAGGAGCUGGAAGAGGAGCGGGCCCGCCUGAAGGACAGUCAGCUCCGAGCAGAGUUUGCCCUGGACAGCAGGGAGGCGGCUCAUCAGCAGAGGGUCAGAUGCCUGGAGGAGCAGGUGCUGGCUCUCAGAGAGCAGCUGGAUCAGGAGUCCAGAAGACGACAGGCUUACUUUAACCAGAUGCUGCAGCCGGGCAGACAGUGAGGCGUGAAGCUCCUCGCCUUUCAAACGUCCCCACUGUGAAGCACAAGAGCACAUUCCCAAAGUGCACCCGCACCGCACACGUGCACACAAGAUUACGUUAAUCUGCGGAAAAACUCAACAACAACAAACAAUGAGUGUUUUGUUUGUGUGGGAACUGGAUGUGCCCGUUUUUUUACUGUCUGAUUAUGCAGCAUCGUUCACUUCUGUUCUGGUUCUUCACAUAGAAAUCACCGUACUGGUAAAUAUCAUGUGCUAUUUCUAUUUACAGUGGAUCUCAAUAAAAUAAAUGAUCCUCAGAGAAAUACUUGAUCAAUAGUGCCUUGCAAUUUUUAUUUUUCAAUGUGGAAGUCUCAUUAGAGGAAGUCUAAUCUUUUUCAAUAAACAUGGAUGUAACUUUGGAAA